GUUCCACUGCAGCUUAUAGAAAGCGUUGAGUGCCGUGACAUAUUUCAGCUUCAUUUGACUUGCAAAGACUGCAAGGUUAUAAGGUGUCAGUUUUCCACUUUUGAGCAGUGUCAAGAUUGGCUUAAGCGACUGAACAAUGCCAUCCGCCCUCCCUCGAAGAUAGAAGACCUGUUCUCCUUUGCCUACCACGCCUGGUGCAUGGAGGUGUAUGCCAGUGAAAAGGAACAGCACGGGGACUUGUGUCGGCCUGGAGAACAUGUAACUUCAAGGUUUAAAAAUGAGGUGGAACGGAUGGGUUUUGAUAUGAACAAUGCCUGGAGGAUUUCCAACAUCAAUGAGAAGUACAAGCUCUGUGGUAGUUACCCCCAGGAGAUCAUCGUUCCCGCCUGGAUCACGGAUAAAGAGCUCGAGAGCGUGGCAAGCUUUCGGUCCUGGAAGCGCAUCCCUGCUGUUGUGUACAGGCACCAGAGCAAUGGAGCAGUGAUUUCCCGCUGCGGGCAGCCCGAGGUCAGUUGGUGGGGCUGGAGGAAUGCGGACGAUGAACACCUUGUCCAGUCUGUAGCCAAAGCCUGUGCCUCCGAUUCGAGGUCCAACAGUAACAAAUUAAUGAAUGGCAAUUGUUCCAGAGAUUUCUCCAAUGGAGGGGACCUCUCUGAUGUGGAAUUUGAUUCCUCCAUCUCUAACGCUUCCGGAGCAGAGAGUUUGGCAAUACAGCCCCAGAAGCUUUUGAUCUUAGACGCACGAUCCUACGCAGCGGCUGUGGCCAACAGAGCCAAAGGAGGGGGCUGUGAGUGCCCAGUGUUCAUGGGGAUGGCAAACAUUCAUUCUAUCCGGAAGAGCUUUCAGUCGCUGCGUUUGCUCUGCACACAGAUGCCGGAUCCAGGGAAUUGGUUAUCAGCUCUGGAAAGUACCAAAUGGCUGCAGCACCUAUCUGUGCUUCUCAAAUCCGCGCUCCUCGUAGUUCACGCCGUGGACCGAGACCAACGACCAGUCCUGGUGCACUGCUCCGACGGCUGGGACCGAACCCCCCAGAUAGUGGCACUGGCCAAGCUGCUGCUAGAUCCCUAUUACAGGACCACGGAGGGUUUCCAGGUGCUAGUGGAGACGGAGUGGCUGGAUUUUGGCCACAAGUUUGCAGAUCGCUGUGGCCAUGGUGAGAAUUCGGAUGACCUAAAUGAGCGCUGCCCAGUGUUUUUACAGUGGCUGGACUGCGUCCAUCAGCUCCAGAGGCAGUUCCCUUGCUCUUUCGAGUUUAACGAAGCAUUCCUUGUCAAAUUGGUGCAGCACACCUACUCUUGCCUCUUUGGUACAUUCCUGUGCAACAAUGCGAAAGAGAGAGGAGAAAAACACACUCAGGAACGGACCUGUUCUGUCUGGUCUUUGCUGCGGGCAGCAAACAAAGCCUUCAAAAACCUGCUCUACUCCUCCCAGUCCGAAUCUGUGCUGUAUCCGGUGUGCCAUGUGCGGAAUUUAAUGCUCUGGAGUGCUGUUUACCUGCCGUGCUCUUCCCCCUCCACCCCCGCUGACGACACCUGUGCCCCGUACCCUGUGCCAGGCUCUAGCCCUGAAGAUCAGCCUCUGGGCAGGUUACCAAAGACAAGAUCGUUUGACAAUCUGACGACAGCCUGUGACAGCAGCGUGCCUACAACCAAUCGACGUAGUAGCGACCCCAGCCUCAAUGAAAAGUGGCAAGAGCACCGCCGGUCCCUGGAGCUGAGCAGCCUCGGUAACCCUGGGGACGAUCCGUUCGACGGAGAUGGCCCAAGUAAACAAGGCAGGGCUCCAGUUGGAGCAGAACUUUCUGUUGCAGCUGGUGUGGCAGAGGGACAGAUGGAGAACAUUCUGCAGGAGGCCACUAAAGAUGAUGUUGGUCUGGAGGAGCACUUAAGGAGUAGCCUAGAGACAGGAGGGAAAGGGGAUGAGGUUGCCCUGGAUAAGAGAACUGAAAAUCUACCUGGGUAUGUCGGUGACCUCUGUGAAAAGGCUGAGGCGGAUAAAGGUAUUCCACUGAACAAUCCAGCAUCCAAUCCACACCCAGUUUCACAAGGUGCUUCUGAGCUGAAAGGACAACAGGAUGAGCGUCCUGAUCUCAGUCACGCUAUCCAGAAGUUACCUCAGGUGAAAGGACUACUGGCUGUUCCUUCGGAGGGCUUUGUGAAUAGAGACACUCAGAAGAACGCGGAGGAAGAAGGUGUUAGCAAACUUGAAGGAGAAGCAGAGAGCCUGUACAACACAGCGCAGGCCAACCUCCCGUUACCUCUUACAAUCCCACACGAGGUGAGAACAUCCAACAUUGAAAGUUCUACGGAAACCUUAACAGAGAACGAAGCAAAGCAAGAGCUUGUUCCCAAGGGUCCUUGCCAUAGACCUCACCUGAUGGACAACAGUGCUGACGAGCUUUCUCGAGCGAUUGGAAACAGGCCAGAGGGGGAGAGCAUGCUAGAACUCCAAAAACUGGGAACAAAAGUACAUAGGACUUCUGGUAGCAGCAACACACACAUCCCGAUGCCUUCCCCUUGUGCCUUGCCUUUAGCUGAAUGUAAAGAUGAGAUUGUGUGUAACGGCGACCUGGAGCCUGAGAACAAGGUGACGGAGAAGCCCGCGGGGUUCAGCGUCACCCAGAAGUACCACGCGACAAACGGACACUGCGUGAACGGAGAGGACGGUCGGAUCAAGGCCUCUCUGAGCCGGCAGGUCUCCACCGCCAGCUGCAGUUCUGCACAGCUUCACUUGAGGAACUUGCACCAAAAAUGGAUGUUGAGUCAUCUGGGUAAGCAGCAGGCAGCCAGCAGCCCGGACCAACCUGCCAGGAGCCACCUGGAUGACGAUGGGAUGCCCGUCUACACCGACGUUAUCCAGCAGCGCCUGCGCCAGAUAGAAACUGGCCAUCAGCAAGAAGUGGAGACCUUGAAGAAGCAAGUGCAAGAGCUGAGGAGCCGCUUGGAGAGCCAGUUCCCAAACAGCUCCUUCCGCCUCAACGGUGAUUAUGGAGACGAAGUGACUUCUAUACCCGACUCGGAAAGCAAUCUGGAUCAGAACUGCUUGUCUCGCUGCAGCACAGAGAUUUUCUCUGAAGCCAGCUGGGAGCAGGUGGAUAAACAGGACACAGAGAUGACACGAUGGCUUCCAGACCACUUCGCCGUGCAGUGCUACGGCUGCAACAGCACCUUCUGGCUGGCCAGCAGGAAGCACCACUGCAGGGACAUUGAACGUGUUGAUGAAAUCUGGAAUUGUGGAAACGUGUUCUGCUCCAGCUGCUGUAACCAGAAGGUGCCCGUUCCCAGUCAGCAGCUCUAUGAACCCAGCAGAGUCUGCAAGUCGUGCUACAGCAGCUUGCACCCCAGCAGUUCCAGCCUGGAUCUCGAACUGGAUAAACCCAUCACUGCCACGUCCAAUUAA